UAAGGCUCAGUCAAGAUCCGGCUAACGCGCGGGUCGGACGUAUGCUGCAUGGGUGAAAUUCAGUACCCCGGCGCGCACGGCGUCGGCGACGAUGACCGGCAGUACCGGGCGCCCUUUCGUCGCGCCCCGCAAUACAGAUGGCCCACGCCCCAGGUGGCGCAGCCCUCGGCCUUCGCCCCGUGGAGGAGAGCGCCGGCGCCCCCGCGACCGGACUAUCGGCGGAGCGCCUCGUAUCCCGGGAAACCGGACGAACCGUUUCAGGACAGAGGAGGUCUGGACAACAUGAGGUCGUUGGAGCACUAUCUGACCGACAUAAUGCGGGCUGAUACAUCAGAACACAUGAAAGGCAAAUCGCCGUUCUUCCCGGGCGUGGAGGAGGGCAGCGUGGCGAGUGCGGCGGGCGCGGGGUCUCCGCACGGACCCAACGAACAGGCGCAGGACGUCGUAUCGAGGCUUAGCGCAGCCGGACUAUCGAUGUGCGUUAGCGCCUUGGGUUCGCCGGCUCGCUCGUCGCCGGUUUCUGCGGGCUCGGAGCACGGCGAGCGAUUUAGCCGGAAGGUGUUUGUGGGGGGUCUGCCGCCUGAUAUCGACGAAGAUGAAAUAACUUCGUCAUUCCGCCGGUUCGGUCCCCUAGUGGUAGACUGGCCUCACAAGGCCGAGAGCAAGAGUUACUUCCCGCCUAAAGGAUACGCUUUUCUGCUUUUCCAAGACGAGAGCUCCGUGGCGGCCCUGAUGGAGGCCUGCAUAACUGACGACGACAAGCUGUACCUUUGCGUGUCUUCGCCCACGAUCCGCGACAAGCCCGUGCAGAUCCGGCCUUGGAGGCUCGCAGACGCCGACUUCGUGCUCGACGCCAGUAUGCCCCUCGACCCUCGCAAAACUGUUUUCGUGGGCGGAGUGCCACGCCCACUGAAGGCUGUGGAGCUGGCGAUGAUAAUGGACCGUUUAUACGGCGGAGUGUGUUACGCCGGUAUCGACACCGACCCCGAAUUGAAAUAUCCCAAGGGCGCCGGUCGUGUGGCGUUUUCCAACCAGCAAUCGUACAUCGCGGCCAUUUCGGCGCGUUUCGUCCAACUGCAGCACGGGGACAUCGACAAGCGGGUCGAGGUGAAGCCGUACGUGUUGGACGACCAGAUGUGCGACGAGUGCGCGGGAGCUCGCUGUGGAUCAAAGUUCGCGCCUUUCUUCUGCGCCAACGUCACUUGUCUGCAGUACUACUGCGAGCACUGCUGGGCGACCAUCCACUCUCGGCCGGGACGCGAGUUCCACAAGCCCCUGGUGAAGGAGGGCGCCGACAGACCGCGCGCCGUCCCCUUCCGCUGGUGCUAGGAUCGCCGGCGAGGGGGCAGAGGGGCGAAGAGCGGAGGGACAGGGGCGAGGAAGGGGGAAGCAGGACUGGGACGAGCAUCCAAUGUCUGGAAUGGCUCGAUGCGGCGGUUCCACUCUUAGACUACGAAACACGGCUUUCGGCGUCGUCGGGACGCGACGCGUUUCUCGACUUAGAUUAAUAAAGCAACAUUAUCCAAAGUUAGUAAUUUUAAGCAAAAUAUAUUGUGCGGGGUGGGAGACUCGAAGCCGACCCCGACGUAAGCAAAAUAUAUCCAAAACUUAGCUAGUUGUCAGUUCGUUCUCUAAGGUCUUUAGCCGACUCUUAUUAUAAGAUAAAAAGGUCCGAGGCUAGACUCUGCGGAGCGAAGCGUUGGCCGAAUAAAGUAAGAUGUAAGUGGAAUGUCAUUUCUCGGAAUAAUUGUACCUGUUAGCUAGAGUAAAUUACCCGAUUUCCUCGUAUUUUUCUAUUUGGAUAUUGUUGCUGUGACCUUCGCCGUGACGGCACUGCGUCGUCUGGCCCCGUGUGUGUGCGUUUCAGCCCAGAGGAGUCGUCUUCGAAGUCGAAACGCCCUCGGGCGGUUUAGGUUUAUUUGGAGGGAGGGUUAUUGUUUCAGGGUGUGUUCAGGUUCUGUUCCUAAAGGCGCCGCCGUCGGGAGGCGGGAGGCGGUAUGGGCCGGUGUUAGUACAAAAAUGAAUAAUGUUACCAUUUUCGGCUGUAGUGCUCACGGUUAUUCUUUAGUCUCGUAGUGUGUAUAGUGAAGGACAUAUUUUUCAAUCCGCCGGGAUAGUGCAAUAGACGGUAGUUUAGAUAUAAUAUUAUUCUCGUUCCCUUUCGAUCUCCGCUCUAGAGCUGGAGUCGAAGUUCAGAAGGGGCGGUGCUUUGCUAACUUCGAGUCGUUUCAAUCGUCGUAGUUAACUUGUCAAAAUUAUUCGAAUAUCGUAGAGUUUUAAUGGAGAGUCUCGAGUCUUGGCGUCGUUGUGGUCAUUUGGAAUAUUACAAAUUUUGAUAUCGUAUAUGGUUAUCGCAUGAGGCAAUAUGCACCUAUUCGCGAGGCGCUAACCUGCAUGGGUCGAAACGGCUUGUUCGAUGUCGUGUUCUCGUGAAGGACGAAGCUAUCGAGUGAGAGUUGGACGCUUUUAGAGAUGUACUUAAUUCGGAUACAGAUUUCGUAUCCCGACCGACCACAGAAGUUUAUAGACUGUAGAUAAGACUAUGGCGUGUUUUCGAUAAUUGUUUUUAAUGUUUUUGUAAAAGUUUUUUCGUGUCGUGACUUCUCUGUAGUGAGGCGAAGUGCCUUGUACGGCGAACGAGUCGAUGUACCCCUCCCGUGUGUGAAACCUUUGGCGAUAUCCGAUCUCGAAACUUGAGUAGCUGCGAUUGGUUUUGCCCACUUCGGAAGUCUAUCGCUUUCAUCUUGACACUCGACAAACCUUCAAGGUAGCGAGUUUUCAAGGGAAAGUAAGAUGAAAGGGACAGACAUCAAAAUUUAGAUAUUGUUAUUAGUAGAUUUAGCGAAAUUUCAACUAAUGUAGCUUUGAUUUUUGUCCCGACUCCGAAAGCGAAUGCUUUUAAAGAAGAUUUGAUAAUAUUGAAGUGUUGCUACUAUUAAUACAACUGGAACACUAAACGUAUAAAUUGCGGGACUCGAAUCAAUCGCUGUUUCCCUUUAAAAAUGCACACACGUGCGAAAGGUCUAUACAUUAAUCUUCUCUAAUUAAACUUCGUUAAAUUCAUCACAAUUUCUUCUCUUAAAUCCUAGUCUAGAUAUUGUUAUAGCACUGACGCCCGGUUUCUAUCAAGAGUUGCAUCUUCAUACUGUUGCGGUCUCUUCCUCUUGGUUGGCAAAUCUGGCAGUUGAAAAGAAUUUGUGUAAAUUUGUGUCUGGCUCGCUACAGCGUUUAUCUCGAUGUGUGUGCAUUUUCCGUUUUGUUUGUGUAAAAUUGCUCAAUAUUUGUUUGAUCGUUUGGAGUGCCCCUAACCCCGUAGUGUGGUACGGCAGGUUGCGUGAGUGUGGAGAGGUGUGGUCGCACUGUCCCAUUUUGUAUUUUUAUAUUUUUAUAAAAAAAACGAUUAAUGUGAAAUUCGGACGUGAUUUUUUUUUAUUUUGCGCGCAACGUUGUAGCCGACGCUGUCGCGUCUAGAUAUCUCUACAUUUAAAAUGAUCUUCGAUAGACGGAGAUCUUUGCCCGAAGCGAUUGGCAUUAGAUAAUUUGAAAAACUGAGGUGAUUGGAUGGGAUAUGGGUCUGUGGCGAGUGGUUACUUUGACGGGUGACACGAAAACUGCGGGAGUUUUCGAGCUUUUGACGUUAGACUUGAACGAUUCGACUGCACUUACUAGUUGGGAGGAAGAUUUUCUUCGAUUUUCUUCUAUUCGCUUGUUUGUUUUAGGCUAUUUGGCCCAGCGGUCUUGGUUUAGAUUAUCAUUUAAUUUCUACUCAGUGUACCUUUUUGAGUUUGUAAGGUUUAAUAUUUAAGUUGUUUUGACCGGUUUAUCCUCGGGGCAGUUUUAGUUAAUAGUUUGUAGGACGUUUUGCUUGGUUCCUUGUUUACGGCCGCUUCAGGCUUUUGUUCUCGUUGUAAGUUGUCUGUUUUCUAUUAAUAGUAGCGGCUUCGACGCUAUUUUUUCCAUUUUUAGAUAGUAAUUUUGUCGCAUUAGCAUAUCACGCGAGAAACACAGUGCGGGGGGGCAUAGCGAUAUCUUUUCUUAUACAUGUUUUGAUGUGGAAUUUGUACUUUUUUGAUAACUAAGUAGCUAAUAUUGGGAUUAUUAAAAUUAUUGUUAUACGAUUUAGUCCCCUCGUAUAGUCCUGUGAGAUUUUUUGCACAUUCACUCGCAUGUACAUAGUACCUAUCGUACGUUGUUUCUUAGUUUAAAAAAAUAAAAUCCGCAAAAAAAGUUUUUAUAUCGACUUAUCGGAGGCGGACCGAAAUUAGGAAAUUUUUCUUAGCAUUAUUCGCCUAAAGCGAAAAGGCUUGUAAAUUUUGAAGUGAAUAGAAAUUUUAGUGAAAUU